CACCAAAAGACUCGUCAAGAGCAAGAGAACAUAGUUUCUUCUUGCUUUUGAGGAAAAAAAUAAAUAUUAUAUUUUAUAUAGGAAAGGGUUAAUUUAUCAAUAAAAAGAUAAUGCAGGGUGGUAGGCUUUUGACGGUGUUUGUAUGCCUCGUCUCGACGGUGGCGCUGGUGAAUGCCGGCGAUCCUUACUUUUACUACACGUGGAACGUGACGUACGGAACCGUUGCGCCUCUAGGAAUUCCUCAACAGGUGAUUCUCAUCAACGGACAGUUCCCUGGUCCUAACCUAAACUCAACAUCCAACAACAAUGUCGUCAUCAAUGUUUUCAACAACCUUGACGAGCCUUUCCUCUUGACCUGGAGUGGUCUCCAGCACAGGAAGAACUCAUGGCAAGAUGGUGUGACCGGAACCUCAUGCCCAAUCCCAGCAGGCACCAACUACACUUACCAUUUCCAGCCUAAGGACCAGAUCGGUAGCUACUUCUACUACCCAUCAACCGCCCUCCACCGUUUCUCCGGUGGUUUCGGUGGCCUCCGUGUCAACAGCCGUCUCCUCAUCCCCGUCCCUUACGCUGACCCCGAAGAUGACCACACCAUCCUCAUCAACGACUGGUACACCAAGAGCCACACCGCUCUCAAGACCUUCCUUGACAGCGGCCGCACUCUUGGUUCCCCUGACGGUGUCCUCAUCAACGGUAAAUCCGGUAAAGUCGGAGGACAGAACACGCCUCUCUUCACCAUGAAGCCAGGAAAGACCUACAAGUACAGAAUCUGUAACGUUGGGUUCAAAUCCACUCUUAACUUCAGGAUCCAAGGACACAAGAUGAAGCUUGUUGAGAUGGAAGGAUCUCACGUUCUCCAGAACGACUACGACUCGCUCGACGUCCACGUCGGACAGUGCUUCGCUGUUCUUGUGACCGCUGACCAAGAGGCCAAGAGCUACUACAUGGUUGCAUCAACUAGGUUCCUCAAGAAGGAAGUGAGCACUGUUGGUGUGAUGAGCUACGAAGGAAGCAAUGUUCAGCCUUCAAAUGUGCUUCCCAAGGCUCCAGUUGGAUGGGCUUGGUCUCUUAACCAGUUCAGAUCAUUCAGAUGGAACUUAACCGCCAGCGCGGCUAGGCCUAACCCGCAAGGAUCUUACCAUUACGGAAAGAUCAACAUCACACGUACCAUCAAGCUCGCCAACACCAAGAACUUGGUGGACGGUAAGGUCAGGUUUGGGCUUAACGGUGUAUCACACGUUGACACCGAGACUCCCUUGAAGCUUGCUGAGUACUUCGAGAUGUCCGAGAAGGUCUUCAAAUACAAUGUCAUCAAGGACGAACCAGCAGCCAAGAUCACUACACUAACCGUUGAGCCUAAUGUCCUUAACAUCACUUUCCGUACCUUUGUUGAAAUCGUCUUCGAGAACCACGAGAGGAGCAUGCAAUCAUUCCAUUUGGAUGGUUACUCCUUCUUCUCAGUCGCUUCUGAGCCAGGAACAUGGACACCAGAGAAGAGAAACAACUACAACUUGCUCGAUGCGGUCAGCAGACACACCGUGCAAGUGUUCCCCAAGUCGUGGUCCGCCAUCCUCUUGACAUUCGACAACGCCGGUAUGUGGAACAUCAGAUCAGAGAACUGGGAGAGAAGAUACUUGGGACAGCAAAUGUACGUCAGUGUUCUUUCCCCUGAGAAAUCACUAAGAGACGAAUACAACAUCCCACUCAACACCAACCUUUGUGGUAUCGUUAAGGGCUUGCCAUUACCUACACCCUACACUAUUUAAUUAAACUCACUUCCACAAAAGUUUUAUUUAUUUAUUUGAUAUAUGUAAAAUUCUACUUUUUACAAGUGAGUGUAUUACGUGACUAAUUAACCCUUUCCUAAUUUCAUUUAACAUACUACUACUAUAAUUACAGAUCCCAUUGUUGUUUCACUAAUAGUAAUAUAUACAACAUUUAGCUUACUUAAUAUAAUCCUGAUUCUAACACAAAAGACUGUUAUUCAUUUCAUAAUGAACAAAACUUGGGUUCACCCCCUAUGGUGAACCCUCUAAUUCACCUCUACUCUUAACACCAAUCAAAUUGACAUGUAAGAUUAAUAAAAAAAGGAAAUAAAACUUAAAAGAAAAAAAAUAGGUUUCCCAAAAAAGGGCUUAUUUGCCAAAUAACCAAAAAAAAUGAAAAUUAAAUUUUGGGAGAGAGAGUAGAGAGAGAUAGGAAGAAAAAGUAGGAGAGAGGGGGGAAUUUUGGUUAGUUAGUGUAUUUAAGUUUUUUUCAUGUAUAUAGGGUGCAAUUUCCCAAAAAAAAAAGUCUCGGUUAACAAGGAAAAUAACGUGUGUUUUGUUACGCCGUCCAUCGACGUCUUCUUCUUUAUAGCCCAGAGAAGAUAGAAAGCUGAGUCUCCAGUUCUAUGCUUCCAAAUCAAAUUUCGAUUUCAUCUUCUCCAAAUCAAAUCAAGCCAUGUUGCCUUAUGAGUAGAAAGAGCGCUGAUGGUGGAGAUGAAGAUGAUGGUAUGGGAUUCAAACUUGCAGGCCCCAGGGAGGAAGAAGAUGACUUUACUUGUGAACCAGUCUUGCCUAAAAUUCAACAAAAGAAACCGAUGGCAAUUGGAAAUCAGACACUACAACUUGUUUAAAUAAAAACGCUAUUUGUAAUGUAUUCUUAGAAUAUAGACUUGCAAGUUCAUGAGAACUCACUGAUGCAAGUGUCGUGAUCUUUGAUGUAGUAAGGUCACAGCAACAGACUUUUAAUGUAUUCUUAAAAUAUAGAUUUGCAAGUUCUUUGUUGUA